CUCAUCACCAGCAGGGCUCGGGUAAAAAAAAACGCCAUCGAAACAAAACAAGUCCAUGGCCGUACCAACCUUGUACUCAUCCAUACUAAUGCUGGGAUUCAAGCAUGCGGGGUAGUAGAGCCUCGAGCUGCCGCGAGCUGCCGCGAGCUCUUUGCGGCGUAGUCAGCCUCGUGUCUCUUUAACCUUUCAAUCGUAUCCUUUACAGGCAUGGCGAACAGGGUCCCGGCGGCUCUACGAAAGUGGGACAGUAUGAAAAGCAUAAAAGAAUACACGUUAUUCAUCCAAGUAAACACCAGCCAACAUGGAUAGCCCCGUCGAUUCUAAAUCAUCUGGCGACGCCCCAGAGGUCGAGGCCACCGGGGGCAUCUCCCCAUUGGAACAUGCCUACGACCUUGACGAGAAGGCGAAAAUCUCCGAUUACAAGGCGGAUGCAGUCGAGGCAGAGAACGCGGAGCACAAAAUGGGGGUGCUGGAGGCCGUUCGAGAGUACCCUAUGGCUUCGUUUUGGGCCUUUGUCAUGUCCUUCACGAUUAUUAUGGAGUCCUACGAUGUCUUCCUCAUCGGCAAUUUCGUCGCCCUACCUGCGUUCAGGGAAAAAUACGGUGUAUUUGAUGCCGCAACCAACUCAUUUGUCAUCGUGACCAAGUGGCAGUCUGCGCUUCAAGUGUCUGGGCAGCUCGGUGCUCUUAUCGGCGUCUUCCUCGCUGGCCCCCUCACCAGCUAUAUCGGAUAUCGUUGGGCGACCUUGACCGGCCUCAUGCUCUUGAAUGUCUUCAUCUUCGCAUUUUACUUUGCCGAGUCGCUUCCAGUCAUUUUCGUGGCCCAGCUUCUCGAGGGCUUGCCAUGGGGCAUUUUCAUUGCCAAUGCGCCGGCAUACUGCAGCGAGAUCGUACCGAUAAAGCUGCGAGCCCCUGCUACCCAGAUGUUGCAGAUGUUCUGGGCGAUUGGCAGUAUCAUCGUUGGUGCCGUCACCUACCGUUACAACGGUAUAAAUCACCCAAGCGCCUACAAGAUUCCCAUUGCGCUUCAAUGGAUGUUCCCCACCCCGCUCGCUAUCCUUAUUUUUUUGGCACCCGAGUCGCCCUGGUGGCUGGUUCGAAAGGGACGUCUCCAAGAAGCAGCACAUUCGGUCGAGCGCCUUGGACGCAGGUCGAGGCUGAAUUCUAGUGAGACUGUCGCCAUGAUGCGCCGUGUCGUUGAGCUCGAGAAGUCAGACAAGGAGCCUAACCACUUGGAACUGUUCAAAGGCACUGACCUCUACCGCACCCUCAUUGUGUGCGGUGUGUACUUAGCACAAAACCUCACGGGCAACCUUAUCGCUAAUCAGGCCGUCUACUUCUUCGAGCAGGCUGGCGUGUCGACGAAUACUGCCUUCGCCCUAGGUCUUAUCACCUCGGCCCUACAGAUGAUCUUUGUUAUGCUUUCUUGGUUCCUCACCACGUACUUUGGCCGGCGUACUAUCUACCUCUGGGGCUCGGGUUUCAACACCAUCCUACUGGUCGCCCUCGGUGUUGCAGCCUCUGUCCCUGUUACCAAGGGGACUGCAGCUGCGACUGCAGCUUCGCUGGCGCAGGCGUCCUUGGGCCUUAUCAUCUCCGUCCUGUUUACCUUGGGACCUGCGCCCGCCUCCUGGGUCAUUAUUGGAGAAACGUCGGCCAUCCGCCUUAGGCCUCUUACGACUGGAAUUGGACGCGCUUCGUACUACAUCGUUGAGAUUCCUUGCAUCUUCCUCGGAAGUUAUAUGCUCAACCCGACGGGUGGAAACCUUGGCGGCAAGUGCGGCUACGUCUGGGGUGCGACCGGUUUGCUUUGCUUGAUCACGGCAUAUUUCUACUUGCCUGAGAUGAAGGGUCUAUCCUACCGCGAGAUUGACAUCAUGUUCAAGCGUCGUAUCCCGGCUCGCAAGUGGAAGCAAACGGUUCUCGAUGUGGAGGACGAUGAGUAGGUGGAGAUGUGGCUAGGGAGGCAGUGGCAGGACGUGACCAGGAGUGACGCGUCGGUGGGUGAGGAAUGAAGCACAUGAAUUCAGUUAAAGCACUCUAAAUGUAGCAAUGCGAAUACCUUACAUUUGCU